AUGCUACGCCCUAAGGCGUUCUUCUUUAGUGCUGACCCGAAGGGUCGGCGCUUAUCCGUGAAACCAUUUGCGGAUAUUCAACUGUUACAGCACCGAUUUCAUCAUGAUCAUAACUCGAGUCAACGACAAUCUUCUAAUUCUGGACUUCCACUUUUGAAGAAGAAACUGGCUGGUUAUACCGAUGAGGAACUGUACGAAUAUCGUCAAGUUUUCAAUAUGUUUGACACAGGUUCGAUUCAUUCAUUGUUUUCGCCUCCUAAAAAAUAUGUCUACGAAGACUUGAAACAAGCUUUCGACUUGAUAUUUGUUACCAUUUGA